AUGCGUUUGCUGCACCACCCCAGCCUCCACCUUUCUCACGCCGGACGAUAUUUACUACGUCCGCUCGCUUCUACUCUCUAUUCUAAACCGUUUAUCCGUGCAACCGAAAAGCUGGAGCUGCCGUCGAUCUCGCAGGUCCAUACCCGCGGUCCUGCUGACAUUCCCUGGUACAACCACCACGCAGCGGAACGACCGUUAUUGCCCGGCGACAAACUCCCCGCUCUCAGCCUGCCGACAGCCCAGGGCCUUUCCCGGAACGCCUAUCACGAUCCGUCUUUGAGCAAUUCCACCAAUUCUAGCGCUCGCACAAGUCUGUCUGGUGCCUCCGUGCCAGCAAACGAACCUAGGAGCCCGCCGUCCUCUGCGGACCUGUCUGGGACCCAGGGCCGGCUUUCAUUAGAUUCUUCCGCGACUGAAUACAGUCUCCCACCUUCGGUCAACGAAGGGUACUAUCCGAGCCCGACUUCUCUCGGCAGCAUGAACCAGGCCCAGCCGUAUAUGGAUGUCCACUCGCACAUGUCUUCUGCUCAAUCAUACGCUCCCCAAGGCGCAACCGCAGGCGCAAUGUCCCACUAUCAGUAUCACGGGCAACCCCCCGUUAUGCAACCCGCAUCUUCUUACCCCCCGGCUGCUUAUCCCCAAUAUGGAUACGCGAGUGGCGUGACUUCACCCCCAACUGGACACCCCCCGAGCUCCAUGGGCCAGAUGCCGGCUCAGUUGCUACCAUUGCCUGGUAAGCUCCAAAGCCAGAGUGUCGAUGAUUAUUCUGAUCGUUAUCAAGUGAGCAAUCACGCCGUGGCCCCUCCGAGUGGAUAUGGGAACAACACUGGUGCUCCCCUACAAGGAUUCGUCUUUGAUGGUACCGGUCAAGUUGCUCCUCCGGGAGCCAAGCCCCGAGUGACAGCCACAUUAUGGGAAGAUGAGGGCAGUCUCUGCUACCAGGUGGAAGCCAAGGGGGUGUGUGUAGCUCGACGAGAGGACAACCACAUGAUCAAUGGUACAAAGUUGCUCAAUGUAGCUGGCAUGACUCGUGGCCGACGUGAUGGAAUCCUCAAGAGCGAAAAGCUUCGCCAUGUGGUGAAAAUUGGACCAAUGCAUUUGAAAGGUGUCUGGAUCCCAUUCGAGCGUGCUUUGGAAUUUGCCAACAAGGAGAAGAUCACCGAUCUCUUGUAUCCACUCUUUGUGCAUAAUAUCGGUGGUCUUCUAUACCACCCGGCCAAUCAGACUCGGACAAACAUGGUAGUGCAAGACUCUCAGCAGCGACGGUUGGAAGGUCCUCCCCCGGGUCCCCAUCGCACGCCAUCUGGCUCCCAGCAACCCCCGCUUCAUCAGCAGCCUUCUAUGCAGCCUACGCCCAUGUCCUCUCACAUGUCCCAAGGCCCAAUGAGUGGCCAGCCUGGCUCGAGACCUGGCCUCGAGCGUGCGAACACAUUUCCUACACCACCUGCCAGCGCAUCUAGCCUGAUGGGGGUCACCAAUCAGAGCGGUUCAUAUGAAUGGGGCGGACAAGUGCCACACACACAACCUUUGUCCAUCGACACCACACUGAGCAACCAGCGCUCAAUGCCAACAACUCCCGCAACCACCCCACCGGGCAACAACAUGCACGGCUUGCCAGCCUACCAAGGCCAAGCCUACGACAGCUCCAAGCCCUACUACUCCGCGCCACCACAAUCACACGCGCAAUACGCGCCGCACACCCCACUUACCCAAUCAGGGAUGCCCAGUUACGGCCAAUCCUUGCCCGGCGGGUACAUGAAAAGCGAAAUGGCGCCACCUAACCCACGCCCCGGCGCCUCAGAGCCCGAAACCUCCGAGCGCGACUCAAACCGCUACAGCCAGAGCAACGGGCCCGGCGAGCCCGUCGCCGAACACGACCAGGAGUACAUGCCAGACCACAACACCGGAUACAACUCCAACCGCGGCUCUUACACUUACACCACAAAUCCCUCUGUCAGCUCCCUUACCGGCGAGCACUCCCAACUCACCCCGGAAAUGACCAGCUCCCCGAGCCAGCAAAACGGCUCCGGUCGCAUGACCCCGCGCACGGGCACUGGCCCCCCCUCCCCACUGGGCUUCGGGGUAUAA